CUAACCUUCGAUAAACUCACCCAUCACAAAAAAAAUUCGUUAGAAAAACAAAAAAAAAAUAAAAAUUUUGGGGGAAAACAAAGGCGAAAACUUUUUUGGUCCAAAGAUCGAAAGAGAUGAUUUUUUGAAAACUUUUGAUAAGUUUCUCUUCUUGGGCGAUCGAUCGAUUAUAAUCUGAAAGAUUGAAACUUUUGUUUUGAUUAAUAAUAAAUAGAUAUAUUUUGUGUGUUGGGUUUGGAUCGUUGGUCGUCUAUUGGAAUGGCGCAACAAGGGCAGGGAAGCAUGGACCCUGUGAUAUUCAUGGACAGUAUUCAGAUCUAUUGAGGCUGUUUGAGUAUGGAGGCUUCCCACCAACAGCUAACUAUUUGUUCUUAGGAGAUUACGUGGACCGUGGGAAGCAGAGUUUGGAGACUAUUUGUCUUCUCCUCGCCUACAAAAUCAAGUACCCUGAGAACUUUUUCCUUCUACGAGGAAACCACGAAUGUGCUUCUAUUAACAGAAUCUAUGGAUUCUAUGAUGAGUGUAAACGUCGAUUCAGCGUGAGACUCUGGAAAGUAUUUACAGAUUCUUUUAACUGUCUCCCCGUGGCUGCUGUUAUAGACGAUAAGAUAUUAUGUAUGCACGGUGGUCUUUCUCCCGAUUUGACUAACGUGGAACAGAUUAAGAACAUUAAGCGACCAACUGAUGUUCCUGACUCUGGUUUGCUCUGUGAUCUGCUUUGGUCUGAUCCUAGCAAAGAUGUCAAAGGUUGGGGAAUGAAUGACCGUGGAGUCUCUUACACGUUUGGUCCUGACAAAGUCGCGGAAUUCUUAAUAAAGAAUGAUAUGGAUCUCAUCUGUCGUGCUCAUCAGGUUGUAGAGGAUGGAUAUGAGUUCUUUGCCGAUAGACAGCUUGUGACUAUAUUUUCUGCUCCAAACUACUGUGGUGAAUUUGACAAUGCUGGUGCUAUGAUGAGUGUUGACGAAAGUUUAAUGUGCUCCUUCCAAAUUCUUAAGCCUGCGGAUCGGAGGCCCCGGUUCUUAUGAAGAAAAGAGUUACAACCUCGCGGGAAAGAAGAGGAAAAAUGCGGUAUGAAAGCAAGCUGGAGAGACAUUUGAAGCUCCCUGAGACUUUGUCCGGAGGCCUUGCAUGCAAAGGCAAAAAACAACAACAACAUAAUUUACAUGUUAUAUCAUCUUAUUUGAACUCUUGCCAUUUUCUUUUCUAAAAACACUUUUAUGUUCUUAUGAUCUUCUUCCUCUUCUCUGACUCUAUAGACAGUAAAAAAAAGUCUGCAAAUUUUCAUUCUUUUCAACAACCAAUUUCCUCAGUGUA